GCGUGUUUUGUGUUUCCAGCUGUCUCCGUCUCCCUUCAACAUCACACAAACUGCACCGCCCGGGGAUAACGAUAAGCUCCGCCCGCCUGAGCUCACCCUCCGGCGCAUGGACAUCCAGCAGGAUGACAGGGUUCGGGGUUUCCUCUGUUGUGUAACAACAGGUCGUAUGGAUAAUCCCUCCGCAGCCUGUGCGUGUCCGCGGCUCUUUUAGGAUGAUCAAAGCACCGCGGUGGCUUUGAUGUGGCCGGGGAGCGGUGGUGCGCGAGCGUCCGUGGGAGACGGCGUGGACGUGCAGGUGUAGUGUGGCCAGGUAUUGAGCAGGAUGGAAAUAGAUGCCUGUUUUCGCUACUAUUUCCAGCACCCGUGGUCACGCCUAAUCGUGGCCUACCUCGUCACCUUCUUUAACUUCCUCGUCUUUGCAGAGGAUCCAGUUUCUCACAGCCAGACAGAGGCCCAUAUUAUUGUUGUUGGUAACUGCUUCUCCUUCCUGUUCAACAAGUACCCGGGCCGAGGAUGGAACAUCCUAAAAGUACUGUGCUGGAUACUGGCCAUUAUCACUGGCCUCUUAGCCGGGAAGUUUAUAUUCCACCGCCAGCUCUUUGGUCGAUAUCUGCGCCUGAAAAUGUUCCGCGAAGAUCAUGGCUCCUGGAUGACCAUGUUCUUCAGUACCAUCCUCUUCCUCUUCAUCUUCUCACACAUCUACAACCUUUUCCUGCUGAUGGCUGGGAGCAUGCAGUCUCACAUGGUGACAGAAUACAUGGGCAUCAGAAAUGAGAGUUUUAUGAAAAUUGCUGCAGUCGGGACGUGGAUGGGUGAUUUUGUGACUGCGUGGAUGGUAACAGACAUGAUGCUUCAGGAUCAGAAUUAUCCUGACUGGGGCAAAGGUGCCAGGCAGUUCUGGAAACAAGGCAACAACAGAAUUGUCCUCUUCUGGACAGUGCUCAUCUCUCUGACAUCUGUGGUGGUUCUGGUCAUCAGUACAGACUGGAUCAGCUGGGACAACCUAAACCGAGGCUUCCUGCCCAGCGAUGAGGUCUCCAGAGCCUUCCUGGCUUCCUUCAUUUUGGUCUUCGACCUUCUCAUUGUUAUGCAGGACUGGGAGUUUCCUCACUUCAUGGGUGAUUUGGAUAUGAAUCUACCAGGAAUGUCGACCACGCAUGUGAAAGUCAGGCUUCCUGUCUGCAAGCGACUCUUUAAAGAGGAGUACCACAUCCACAUCACAGGAAAAUGGUUCAACUAUGGUAUCAUCUUCCUUGUGCUAAUUUUGGACCUUAACAUGUGGAAGAACCAGAUCUUCUAUAAACCCUAUGAAUAUGGUCAAUAUGUCGGGCCUGGUGAGAAGAUCUACACAGUGGAGGAGCCGGACACCCUUCAACAAUUCAACCACAGCACACUCACCUAUGAAUGGCGGUCUACUAACAUAGACCCUAAAAGUAAUACCACCUAUGUGGAGCAGGACAUGUUUCUCCAUAGCCGCUACAUAGGAGCCAGUCUGGAUGUGAAGUGCCUGGCCUUUAUCCCAAGCCUGGCUGCCUUUCUCCUCUUUGGGUUCUUUGUAUGGCUUUUUGGACGCUUUCAGGACAGUGAGACGAUCACAGAAAGACAAGACAAGGUCUAUGAGAGAAUAAAGAGGAAGUCCCCCUCUGAGUACAGUAAGGAGAUGGGUGUGACACCAGAGGAAAUGCACAUCACCAUGAGUGACAGUCUGAAACGAACGGGUACACCCAUGCUUCUUUCUGUGGAUGGCCCACACUUUGUAACUUCGCCCUCUACUGAGACCUUCACAGAAAGUCAAAACAAGACCUAUGAGAGGCUAAAAAGGAAUUCGCCCUCUGAGUACAGUAAGGAAUUGGGUGUGACACCAGAGGAGACGCACAUGACUGUGAGUGACAGUCUAAAACAAGCAGAUAGACCCAUGAUUCUUUCUGUGGAUGGCCCACACUUGGAACCACCGUGCUCUAAUUACUCCAAGUCCCUUGUGGCCAUGGAAACUCAAGAGACACAUCCAAGCAUUGUGAUUGGCAGUGCAGAGCAGGAGGAGCCAGCAGUCUCUUUUGAUGAUGUCCAGUAAAUCUCUCAGUGACCUUAUGGGCAAUUAAAACUUCAGACAGUGGACAUGUUGAAAAGUGGACAUGUUCAACAG